GCGCAGGGUUUUCUGUGUCUUGUUUCAGUUCGAUUUCAAUUUCUUCGAUCUAUCUGGUGUUUCGAAAUAAGUUAAGGAUAACUUUAUACCUUGAUGGUCCUGGUGUUCCUGUUUGGCGUGCGUCUACCACUUCCCAUUACGUGCAUUGGAAAGAGAUUAUAAAUUUUUACACACUCGGUAGGACAUAUCGCGUUACCAGUUUCAAUGUCUGGGUCUGGAACUUCUCCAAUCUAUGCACCAUAUGCACGAGCAGUAUAUUGUUGAUAUUGCGCACUUUAAAGCGAAGGAAAGCUCGGAAGGGGACGAGGGAUACAAGUUGAGGCAACCACCGAUCAAGGAAGGGGUUCAUUCCAACCGUUUGGCGAGGAUAUCUGAGAUAAAUAUAAUACGUUCAACCAACAUAAUGAGGAUAUUUUUUGUACUUCUUGUACUCCUCGGCCACGUUGUUGCACAGGCUCCAAACUCCUGCCCCAAGCCUCCUACAAAUCUUCUCUGUUUCAUUGGGGCUAAAAACAUGUGUGUUGACAGUAGCAAGUGUCCAAAUGGGACUUUGUGCUGCUCCGACGGCUGUCGACAACGCUGCAGAGAUCCUUCCAAUAACAACAGGGGCGCUGGCACAGGUACUCCACGCCCUGGCACGUGUCCUUCUCUACUGUUGCCUCCCCCAGGCCCUUGUGUGUCGGAUUCAGACGAGUGUAUGUUAGACGUGGAUUGCGACGGUUCCACCAAAAAAUGUUGCUAUAACAACUGCUUCAAAGUAUGUGUUGAACCCGGGAUAAGCACCAUUCAAGACAGGUGCCCGCCUCCAAGAAAGGACCCUGAGUGUCACUUCGGUCUCAGGAACCAAUGUUCUAAACAUUCGGAAUGUGAUUACAUGAAAGACGGCCUGUGUUGUUUUGAUGGCUGUCGCAGACGAUGCGCUACUCCUAAAGGCUUUCAAAGCAGGAUAGAAGGCGCCAGGCCCGGUCAGUGUCCUGUAACUUCUCCGCCUGAGUUUUGCGUCUCAGAUGUGGACGAGUGUGAGUUUGAUGGCGAUUGUUACCCUGGAAAGAAGUGCUGUAGUAACACAUGCUUCACCAGAUGCCUCGAUCCGGUGGGACUCUCGGGCUCAAACGCCAGUGCUAUAGGAUCACUGAUUGCAGAAGGAGAGGCAUCGGGAAAAUGUCCCGUCACCUCCUCCACAGGCCGAUGUCAUGCUGGACUUAUAGACACGUGCAACAUUGACAAGGAGUGUCCAUCUGGUUCCUACUGUUGUUUUGAUGGCUGCAGAAGGAAAUGUUUGGAUCGUAAUAAUGACACCGCUUCGGCGCAAGGAGGAGACAAAAAAGGAAAGUGCCCCUUUCUUGUGCAACCGAAAUUGUGCGUAUCGGACGUGGACGAGUGUUUUAUCGACUGGGACUGUGUUGGAAACCGAACGUGCUGUUCCAAUGGCUGUUAUAGAGUUUGUGUGUCUCCUUCGGUGGGUCAGGGGUCUGCAGUAGGUUCUGUGCAGCUGCAGGCUGCAGCAGUCAAAUGUCCAGAGCCUGUGGUGCGUUCCUGUGCCAAAUCACUGAAGCAUCAGUGCGAUGAUUCACGCGAAUGUUUCACCGGUACACAUUGUUGUUUUGAUGGCUGUCGGAGAAGAUGUGUUUCCACCGCAAGAACACCAGAUACUUGUCCUAAACCAGCAGAGAACUUGAUCUGUCCGAUCGGACUCAGGAACACUUGUGUGGAUGACUUAUCGUGUGGCCCCCCUGGAACAGUCUGUUGUGACGAUGGAUGUCGGAAGCGCUGCAUGGAUUCGUCCCAUUUCAGCAGUGGAGGAAUAAACAAGGAAGAGAAACCCCGACCAGGCACCUGCCCAUCUCUAAGUCCACCAUCUGAAUUCUGCCCAUCUGAUUUUGACGAAUGCAAGUUUGACUGGGAUUGCGAGACAUCAACGAAAAAAUGCUGUUCAAACGGCUGCUACAGAGUCUGCGCUGAACCUACAGAGGGAAACGUUCUAGACAAGUGUCCUGCUCCGGAGAAGCCCAAACAGUGGUGUCCUGUGACUCUUAGGAAUCAGUGCUCCAAUCACACGGAGUGUAGCUUCAUCUCAGAUGGGCUUUGCUGCUUUGACGGCUGCCGCAAAAGGUGUGCUUCUACAGAGGGCUUUCCGAGCAGGCUAGAACUGAAUCCAAGACCUGGUAAGUGUCCACGCCUGCUUCCGCCUGAAUUCUGCAUCUCGGAUCACGACGAAUGUGAAAAUGAUGCAGACUGUUACCCUGGAAAGAAGUGCUGCAGCAAUACUUGUUUCAGCAGAUGUGUGAAUCCAAGUUUUGAAGAAAUUGGCGGUAUCGUAGAUUCUGCAGACAAGUGUCCCAACACAACACCUUCGGAGACAUGUCACGUGGGACUCAGGCACAUGUGCAAUGAUGACGUGGAUUGUGUAAAUGGCACCUUGUGUUGUUUCACUGGCUGCAGGAGACAAUGCUGGGAUCCUUUAGACAGAAAUAAAGCGACAUUUAAUAAGACAGGCAUCUGCCCAGUCCUCGAUCCUCCUCCUCCGCCAUGUGUGUCCGAUGUGGACGAGUGCUACAUGGACAACGACUGUCUCAAAGACAAGAAGUGCUGCUACAAUGGAUGCUACAAGAUUUGCGUCUCUCCUUCGAUAGAGAGUGGAGCUGCUGCAGUCAAAUGUCCAGCUCGGGAGAACUACCGCUGUGCCACGUCUAUAGAGCCUUCGUGUGACGAUACGGACAGUUGUCCAGAUGGCAAAAUCUGUUGCUUUGAUGGCNGACUGAAAUGCAAAUUGACGUGGAGAGGGGAGUAUUGA